AUGGCUUACUAUUUGUACCUCAACAAGCCAGAGAAAUUGGAUAUUGAUAAGCAAUGGAGGAAGAUACAACCAUCGCUGUCGUUGGAAUCGGCUGUAUUUUUCCUGGAGCUGACAAUUAAAGAAUUCUGGAGAGUUCUUGUAAAUGGAGAAGACCACGUCCAGGAUAUCCCCCCUGACAGAUUCAAUGUUGAUGCGUUUUACGAUCCCAAUCCGGACAGUCCACGUAAAACUUACGUCAGAAAGGCUGGACUCGUAAAAAGCUUCGAUGAAUGGGACAACAAAUUCUUUGGGAUUAGCGACAAAGAGGCUGAACUCGUCGAUCCGCAACAACAUUUUGUACUGGAAGCAGUUCACAUGGCUCUUGAAGAUGGUGGAAUAACCCGAGAAAGAUUAAAUGGUUCUGAAACCGGUGUCUACAUCGGUACGAAUUUUGUAAUUGUAAUUCAUUGCUACAAGUAUUGGUAGCUUAAUGAAUGAUGUGUCAGAAUAAUGCGUUUUAAAAUUAUCAUUGCUUUUAGU